GGUACACUUUCACUAAUCAAUAAUCAUUCCUAAGGUUUGACCUUCUAGUUAGUAUACGAGGCAGAAAAGGGACCACGAUAUAUCGUCUCGCUUUUCAUAUCUGUCGAAGUGCAACUUGAGUCAGCCGAAUACAGGCGCAGGAGGCAUCGUCGAGUUUGCUACGCGAAACAUACUAUGUUACAUAGUAGCUAGGUAAUGUUACACGUUAUCCGCUAUCUAGACUCAACAAGAACAAAAAUCGUACCCAAAUCUAAUAAUACAAUAUAAAACAUCUUGAGAAGUAAUACAUAAUUCAGAGAAAUGUCUAGGCCAGCAUCAGGCGCCAUAAACAUCUCCUAUCUAGCGCCAUAUAUUUGAUCCCAAUAUCACAAAAGAUGCCAAAAGAUCCCCCAAAAGAAUACAAUAAGUGUGUAAAACAGAUCGGCCCGUAAAGUCGGUUGAGUUGGUCGCAUGGAGCUUCCUCGCCCCCUAUCUGUGCCGUGAACUCGAUGUUUCGCCGCUUGACAUUGUUAUGGCGACCAGCCCGGCGUGGCCCAGCUCGUGCUUCGAGCUGGUCUUGCUCUGUGGCCCAUUAGGAAUCUGUCUGGGAGGUUCUCAUAGUUCAAAACCGGCGUACCUGAAUUCCUUCAUUAUUCGCUGGUUUUGCCAGACAACCAGCAUGUUGCAAAGUACGGAGAACAGUCCAAAGACAAUGCUACUGACGGACUCUGCGGUUGCGAGGUGAGACGUCAUGGUGAUGAAUAAUCCAGAAUAGCCAGGACAACUACAACAUCAAUCAGGAACAUAUCUUAUUUUCGUGAAGGGGUAUCUCUCACCGCUUCAAAAACAAUGGUGCUCUGGAGUUUUGACUUAGGUUGAGAACCUGAAGUAGGUAUCGUUUCUAUUUGAUGGUAUAUAGAGUUCAUGGGGUUUGGCUGAUAUCUAGGACGUCGGAUGCAGAGCCGAAUCCCUUUUAUAAGUCAUAUCUUAAAGCUAGCAAAAUGCAUAGAAGUCGAUUUGGAACUUCUAUGCAUGUUGAAUGUGACCCUAUGAAAGUGUAUAUCGUGGCCGUGAACUUGAUAUUUGGUUAGAUAUAAUAGUAAUAAGAUGAAUGGUCAAGCUGAUGUGACCCUGCUGCGGUAAUACAACAUCGUACACGGCUUGACCUAUGUAGUAAUCGCAACAGUUAGAGGAUAACCCUCAUCAGGUUGCUGUAUAGAAAGAUGACAAGCUUC